AUGGACGUGGGUCGCGGAUCGUCCAUGCGGUCACGGUCCUCGCAGCCGUCGCAAGACUUGGCCCAAGCUCAUUUGAAUGACAAGAGUCGCAAGCAUGAUUCGUUCACGGAGAAGGAGCAAGCUGCAGCCAGCGAAGGCGCUCAGCAAAUGCUGCAUCGCGCGGCGCCUGUGAUCACACGUGCUGAGCUGUUUCUGGUGGGGCUACUCACCUUGGUGGCACUGAUCGUCCGCUUCUACCAUAUUGAGAGACCUAGCAGCGUCGUGUUCGACGAGGUACACUUUGGUGGCUUUGCGUCCAAGUACCUCUCGCGCAAGUUUUUUAUGGAUGUGCAUCCGCCGCUGGCCAAGCUGUUGAUUACGCUGGCAGCGUGGCUCUAUGGUUUCAGGGGUGACCACAGCUUUCGUGAGAUUGGUCUUGAGUACUUGACGGCGCCGGAUAUGGAGCAGGUCCCCUACGUUGCGAUGCGCUCGGUCAGUGCGUUGUUUGCGACCCUGACCGUCCCUCUCGCAUACUUUACUGUCCGCGGCCUUUCGAUGCGCCCCACGUCAGCAUUGCUGGCCGCAUUGCUCGUCAUUUUCGACAAUGCACUGACGACGCAGUCCCGAUUCAUCCUGCUUGAUGCGCCCCUCGUGUUCUUUGUCGCUGCGUCGCUGUGUUCAUGGGUGUAUUUCUGUCAGCUGGACGCGCGCAACGCCUUUUCGCGUCGCUGGUGGGCCAUGCUGGCACUUACAGGUGUGUGCCUGGGACUAGGACUCAGCUGCAAGUGGGUGGGUCUGUUCACGAUGGCGAGCGUGGCCAUGGCUGUGGCUGUGCAAAUGUGGUAUCAUCUCGGCAAUCUGCGUUUGCCCGUGCAGACGGUAGCUCGACAUGUGGGUGCGCGUGCUGUGUGUCUCGGUGUCGUACCGCUUGUCGUGUACAUGCUGACGUUUGCCGUUCAUUUCCAGGUGUUGUCCCUGCCAGGCGACGGCGAAUCGUUUAUGAGCUGGCCCUUCCGGCAAACGCUCAAGGACAACUCCAUGCCAGACACAUUUGCAGAUGUCGCACUUGGUUCGACGGUGCGUAUCAAGCACCUAAACACGCUAGGCGGUGCGUUGCAUUCGCAUUCACACUCGUAUCAAACGGGCAGUAUGCAGCAACAGAUCACGCUGUACCCCUUCAUGGACGAGAACAACGAGUGGAUCAUGAUUCUUGCGCCAAGAGAGGAUGAGUACGAGAAAAAGGAAGAUGGACACACGGUCACACCGGACGAUGAGUAUACGCGGUUCUACCACAAUAUCACGCAUGUGAAGGACGGCGAUAUGGUGCGAUUCCUGCACAAGCAGACCAUGGUCCGACUGCACUCGCAUCACAACCACCGCCCACCCGUGAGUACGGGCGACUAUCAGAACGAGGUUUCGGGUUACGGAUUUCCGAGUGAGCGAUUCGGUGGUGACUUUAACGACAACUGGGUCAUUGAAAUCUACAAGCAGCCCAGGAGCGUUCGUUCGGCUGACAAAAAUCGCCCUAUUACGCUGCGCACCAUCUUCCGUCUGCGUCAUGCGAUGCUUGGAUGCUACUUGUAUUCGCACAAUGUGCGUCUCCCGAACUGGGCGUAUGACCAACAAGAGGUGACGUGCAACGGCAGUCCUCCGAUGGAGAACUCGCUGUGGUACUUUGAGACGAGCGAGCAUCCAUUGCAAGAUGCCAAGACGUCCCCAACGAUCAACUAUGAGCGACCGGGCUUCUUGUCCAAGUUUCUCGAGCUGAACAAGGUCAUGUGGAAGGUGAACAACGACAUUGUGGAUCAGCAUUCGUACGGCUCGCGCCCACAUCAAUGGCCUUGGAUGCGCCGCGGUAUCAACUUUUGGGUCAAGAAUCACCGUCAAGUGUAUCUGAUUGGCAACCCCAUGGUGUGGUGGUCGGUCCUGGCGAGCGUUUUGCUGUACGCAGGCAUUCGUGUGCUCCUGAUCUUGCGUGCGCAGCGCGGAUACAAGGACUUUACGCACACGACUGUUGUGCAGUACGACCGCAUUUGCGGCUUCCUCGCCGCAGCGUAUGCGGCCCACUACGUGCCCUUCUUCCUUAUGAAGCGACAGCUAUUCCUGCACCACUACCUCCCAGCGCUGUACAUUGGCAUUCUGCUCACGGCUGCUGUGUACGACCUGCUUUCAAGCCGCCUGCGCCCUAUGGUGCGUCUGUACGUGACGCUCGCGAUGGGUGCUUGGGCUUUGUACGAGUUCAGUCGGUAUGCGCCACUCACCUAUGCCUCGCGGUGGACCAACGAGGCGUGUGGCAGUGCGAUCCGGCUCAAGACAUGGGACUUUAACUGUGUGGACUUCCCAGACAGCAAGCGAGAGUACGCUGAUUUUGAGCCGGUCGUCAGUCACGCUGACGGUCGUGGCAGCGCUGAUGAGGAUGCGAUUUUGCCCUUCCACCUUGGCCAUGUUCUGCCACAGCAUAUCUUGCCACAACAUCUCACAUGGCGCGCCAAGCCGACCGGCGCGUACCCCGAAGAAAAGCCGGCGCCCUCGGGCACGAGUGACGGCGAUGUGCCUGUGCCCAACGUCAGUGGCCUGGAUCAGUCGCAGCGGCAACAGGCCGUGCUGGAAGGCACGGGUGCCCUAAAAAUACCGGCAGAGGAAGGGGUCACUUCCAUCCGUGGCUAG